GGCGGGUGGAGGGGCCUGAGGUUGGGGGCGAUGCCCUCAAUGAAUAGGAACUGGGGGUGAGGGAGCUUGAGGUGAGUGGGAGGGGACUGGGGCUGGAAGGCAAGAGGGCAGUUGAGUGCGUCCCCUCCUGUCUGCACCGUUUGGUCUCUUGUCACGUCUCUCUGAUCUCCUCUCUUCCCCGCGUCAGGGCACACAGCAUGGCGGAAAACCGAGAGCCCCGCGGGGCCGUCGAGGCUGAGCUGGACCCGGUGGAGUAUACCCUUCGGAAGCGGCUCCCUCACCGCCUGCCCCGGAGGCCCAAUGACAUUUAUGUCAACAUGAAGACUGACUUUAAGGCCCAGUUGGCCCGCUGCCAAAAGCUUCUGGACGGAGGGGCUCGGGGUCAGAAUUCAUGCAGUGAGAUCUACAUUCAUGGCUUGGGCCUGGCCAUCAACCGUGCCAUCAACAUUGCCCUACAGCUUCAGGCGGGCAGCUUCGGGUCCUUGCAGGUGGCUGCCAAUACCUCCACCGUGGAGCUUGUCGAUGAGCUGGAACCAGAGACUGAUACACGAGAGCCGCUGACCCGCAUCCGCAACAACUCGGCCAUCCACAUCCGGGUCUUCAGGGUUGCACCCAAGUAAUGGAAAUGAGGAUGGCCACCUUAUCCCCCCCCCCCACAUAAGUAGGCUCAGAUAUGGCUCUUCUUGUACUGAGUACAGUCAUGGACCUCCUACCAGAGCCACGUAAGAAAAAGCCUGUCCCCUUAUAGCCCAGAGGACUCUGAACUGCGAGGGAGAGUAUUGUCUCUUGUUGGGCCCAAGCAGUGGGUCUUCCCGAGUCUUUGUGGUCUGUAACCAUUGUCCUAGACAAUAAAAACUACCAAGUUGUGUUAGUA